AUGGAUUUUGCAUAUCAACGACACUUCGGUAUGCGUAAGAUCACAUCUACGACACCUUUUUCUUCUGCGCCGAGCCCCGCCAUCAGCUCCAGCCCUAUGAAGACAGGUCCGCGUAUUCCAUGGAACUCUCAAUCUCAUGGAGCGCGAGGCAUAGCUGGGGUGCAAAAUCGAAACACCAUCUCAAAGGACAAGAUACAAGGCGAAGAGCAGCGCAUGGCCGAUCUUCUGGCGCAACAUGGGAACAAAGUCAUGAGAACUCAGUAUAUAGCGCUGAGCGUUGAACCCAUGGACAGCGACUCAAACAGCGAUAUGGCAGACGCAGUCUCGCCCGCAGCGAUCAGUGCCGCUAUGAAGAAGCUGGACAACAUCUCUGACGACUUCCAUUCCAACUGGCUGCCGCUGUGCCGGAAGUAUAUCGAGUCGCCCCCCAAGGAUGACAGGAAGCGAGACGAGAAGCACGAGGAGCUAUCUAUAUCCGUCAUGCAGCAAAUCAUUUUAAAACUAGACAGCGUGGAGACCGAGGGCGUACAUGAGGUUCGACAGAGGCGAAAGGACCUUAUCCGACGAGUCCAAGAGGUGCUCAAGCAGCUGGAUACCGCUAAGGCAUCAUGA